ACCCUACUGGAUCUGAAUUAUUAGCCCAGCACUGAAACAGCUAUUUUCAUGACAAGCCUUCUGUCGCCUGCAGGGAUCCCUGGAUACAAACGGAAAUAUACUAAAUAUGGCAGAAACUAAAACCUUCCAGCUUGGAGCAGCCUGCGCUGUCACCUUUUUCUUUGCCCUAAUCUGUUGGGUUGAUGCAGCUUCCUUCCAGCAAUAUCAGCUGCUUCAGAAGGACCCAGACUAUGUAAUGAAAAACUUACAAAGGUUCCCAAAUCCUGACAUGAUCAAAGCUUUGGAAUACAUAGAAGAUCUUCGCAAGCAAACUAACAAGGGAGAAAGCAGCCCUGAUUACAACUCCUAUCAAAGUGUCCCAUACCUCCUGCAACAGAAAGAAAGCAAAGAUCAGGUUCACCUCCCAGAAAAUUUGAGGGAUUCUUUGACUGAAGAUGAGUCUCAGUGGGUUAAGGUUAUGUUGGAAGCCUUGCGACAAGCUGAGAAGGAGUCAAAAGUUGCCCCAAAGCAGAAUAAACCUUAUGGUCUGAGUUCCGAUAAUAGUUUUCCAGCUGGAGUAACAGAUGAUUACGAGGCUUACAAGUGGCCUGAGAGGUGGCAAAAAUAUCUCAAAAUGCCUAUUGGCCUCUAUGAAGACAGUUCAAGAGACAGUCCUUUCAAGCGUACUAAUGAAAUAGUGGAAGAGCAAUACACACCCCAAAGUCUUGCUACACUGGAGUCAGUGUUUCAGGAGUUGGGGAAGAUGGCAGGACCUAGUAAUCACAAGAAAGAGAGGCUGGAUGAGGACCAGAAAUUGUAUGCAGACGAUGAAGAUGAUGUGUAUAAAGUGAAUAACAUUGCCUACGAAGAUGUGGUUGGAGGAGAAGAUUGGAAUCCCAUAGAGGAAAAAGUGGAAAGCCAAACCCAGGAAGAGAUAAAAGACAGCAAAGAAGAAAUUGAUAAACAUGAAGAGGAGAUUGAUGAUGAAAUGAAGAGAUCAGGGAAACUCAGCUUCCCUGAGGAUGAAAUGAGAAGAGAGAAUAAAGAUCAAAUGUCAGAGGACGUUUCAAAGCUAAUGAAUUAUUACCUGAAGAGGCUGGUGGGCAGUGCUGGAAAUAGGAAAUUAAGGACUGGAGGAGAACUUGAGGAGAAAAGAGCAACCACAUUUUUGGAUAAGCAACUUGAUCCUCAGUCUAUAGCUCAGUUAAUAGAAAUCUCAAGGAAUUUACAAGUUCCUCCUGAGGAUUUGAUAGACAUGUUGAAAGCUGGGGAAAAAAAGCAGCUUCAGAGUGAAAGGUUGGAAGCUGAGCAGGAAGCAGAGUUCCCAGAAGACCUUGAUGAGAUCGCUGAAACUACUCUAGGACAGAGUGACAUAUUUAAAAGUAAUGGAAACUCUAAAAAUGGGUACAUGAAGCAGCCCCUUAAUGCAAUUCCCGAAAAUUUACCUGAAGACCUCAAUAUUGAAGACAUAGUCAGUCUUCUGGGAACUGACAAUUUAGGUAACCAGAAUCCCUCCUACUUACUAAAUCAUCUUAAUCAAGAAAAUGAUUUACCAAGACUGCCUUACAUUCCCAGAAGAUUGAAAGGACGCCCAUUUCCUAAAGCUGCGUGGAUUAACGACUUGGAAAGGCGACAAAUGGAGUAUGAGAAACUGAAUGAGAAGGAUGAAGAGCUGGCUGAUUACUUGGCAAAGAUGCUGGCAAAAUAUCCUGAAGUUAUCAAUACGAACCAGAUGAAGCGACUUCCCGUUCCAGCUUCUGAAAGCGACCUGCAGGAAGACGACCGGCUGGAGCAGGCCAUCAGAGAGCACCUAGGCCAGGUGGGACCACAGGAGACCGCGAAGCUGGCAUCACUCAGCAAAAGGCUCUCCAUGACAGGGGACACCGAUGACACGCAAAACAGGCAGUAUCUGGAUGAGGAUAUGCUAGCAAAGGUGCUAGAGUAUCUAAAACAGGAGAAAUCAGAUCUUGAAAGAGAUCACAUUACUAAACGGGCAAUGGAAAACAUGUAAUUGUUCCCCAAAUAUGAUUUCUCUCCCUGAUGUGUUGACUUCAAUCCCAAUUCAGUUGUGAUUUACUCCCACUCUCCCACUAAACAACUUAUGGUAGACUACUUACCAUUGAACAGUCUGCAUAUCUUUCUCAGAGCUGUUAUCUUGUUUAUUGAUAUACUUAUGUAUGUUAUAAAUGAUGGGGCAAAUAACAAAAUUGCUUCAAGUGUUUUAAGAAACAAUUUAAUGAAAUCAAGUAAAACUAUAAUAUGUAAACAACUGACCUUUGCAUUGUUAAUAAAACAUGAUAAAUGAAAAGUGACAAUUAUCAUUUGAAAUUUUUAAGAUUAAUUGGAUUAUUUUGUUACUGUCUGUAGUGUUUUUUGUGGAGUAUUGAAUAAAAAAUAAAGCA